CAGUGGGGGAGGGAGAGUGUAAGGUCCGGGGGGAGGUGGGUGAGUGGGGUUAGCUAGAGGAGAGAGGGUGGAGAUGUGCUGAGGCAAUGGCUUUUACAGCAGGCGCCUGGGAGCAGGGUAGAGACUCACUGGCAGGGACGACGUGGGGACGCGGUACGGCACGGUAGUACGCAGCGGAGGCUCCUCUUGCUCUGCGACGACAAGGGUGCGGUGGCUGACAGCGCAGGGGUUAAUGGGAUGCACUAUCUACGCAGCCAGCCCUGAGGCCCUGCCAGGCGACGAGGCCACAGGCCGACACCACCACCACCACCGACCCCAUGGUCCCUGCAACCAGAAGAUACCAGCCAGGCCCAACACCAUGACAGAACACCAGGAGCAGAAUGAAGAGGGAGUCCUCAUCUCAACACAGGACCUGGAGACCUCAAAACACCAGGAUACUCAAGGAGGCCAUCCACAAUUCAGGUUGAUUGACGACCUAUCAUAUGAAGAUGUGAAGAAAUGCUACAGGGGUUCGACUGUCAGCAAGUACAACUCGCAGUACCACAAACUCUUCCAGUGCGUUCCGAAGGACGAGAUCCUAAUGAAAGUAUACUCCUGCGCUCUGCUCCGAGACAUCCUGCUGCAAGGCCGUCUUUAUAUCUCCAGAAACUGGCUGUGUUUCUAUGCCAACCUCUUUGGCAAGGACAUCAAGGUUGCUAUCCCCGUGGUCUCUGUGAGGCUGGUAAAGAAGCACAAAACAGCAGGUCUGGUGCCCAACGGCCUAGCCAUCACCACAGAUACCAGUCAGAAGUAUGUCUUUGUGUCUCUGCUGUCCAGAGACAGUGUGUAUGACGUGCUCCGGAGGAUCUGCACACACCUCCAGGUCAAUGGGAAGAGUCUGAGCUUGAAACACUACAUGGAGGUUCCCCAUACCUUAUCUCUGGAUGAGUUCCCAGUGGCGGAUGAGUUCCCGGGGGUGGAUGAGUAUCCUCCGGUGCUGAAGUGGAGGAGAAAACCCUCGGUGGUGUCCGUGUCCUCGUCCCUCCCUGACCUCCUGGGUAGCUCCACCGGUAGCCUGACUGCGGUGGACUCCUCCUUCCAGACAGACCAGCCUCUGGAAGACCGGGGCUUAGAGACAGAGAAGAUCCUACUAACAGAGCCUGUUCCAGAGCUGGGCCCGAUGGAAUAUCAGCUUCUCAAGUUCUUCAUCAUACUAAUCAUCCUCCUCAUCCUGUCUUCCUGUUACCUGGCCUUCCGUGUCUGCAGCCUGGAGCACCAGCUGUCCUUCCUCAACAACCCAACACGGCCACCCCGAGAGAGGUAAGUGCUGCUCUGCACUGUGAUCCAAUACCACUUGACUGUCUCCCUUUACGGAUACAUUCCUCUCUGUGACCACCUCCAGACUAUGCAAACAGACUAUUUAUUUUUCAGGAUUUUACUUCACUGUAGACUAAAAGAGGGCAAACCCCCCCAACUCCACCAUUUUGUUGUAGGUAAGAGACAUUGGCAGGUGAAAGACAAUGGGCAGCCCGAUUGAAGAGCCAGCAAACUACACUCAAACCAAUUGUGGAUGGACUGAAAAGCCCGGGAUUGGUGGAAAUGGCUGGGAGUCAGGACUGGGAAGGAUUCUGAUUGUUGGAGUUUGUCUGAUGGUUUUUGAAGAUUUCUGGCCAUUUUUGCCAACAUUAGAGUCAACUGUGUUUUUUCCCUCCUGUCAACUCAACCAGGAAUGAACUACAGGACUUCAGAGAAAAGUCAAACCAUUCAUCUUUCAGAAAUAUAUAAAUAUAUGGUACUUUCAAGGAAAUGAUUUGGAUGCAUUAACACACUGACAGUGGAAGAAGCCAAUAUCGGCUUUACAGAAUUUUAAAAAAUUGCCCAUAUGAACUUAUGAGGAUCAGUCCACUAUUUCAAAUGUUCAUCAUCAUCAAUGAGGUCUAACUAUGUUGCCAUUCUAACAGGCAUGUUAUUCCUGGUAAACAGUGCAAUACAAUUUGCAAAGUAUCCAGCCUAGACUGACUUUUUAAAUGUUGAAAUAUUGUUCUUUAACUCUGUGUUAUCAUGACACCACAGGUAUAUGUUUACCAAAGUGGGUAGGAUUGUACUCUUUCAUGUCUGAAAAAUAUUGUUUAGUAUAACAUCUUGUCUUUUGUUUUAAUUUGUAUAAAUGCCAGUUGUCAGCUUUGUAUUGUAAGCUACCUUUAGCCAGACACAAUGUGUCACAGUGAGUGAUCCGUCUCCUAUCUAAAUACUGAACACAGUUGUCUGAAUGAGUAAACAAUGAAGACAUUGACUGAAGUGAAAGAGAUGUUUUCUUUCUUACACUCUGUAAACUUAAAAGUUAAAUCUGCAUUUUAGCCGGGAAGAAAACUAGCAAAAGAUUUCUAGUUCUUUUACUCAGAAUGUCUGAACAGAUGCAUUAGGAACAAACACACCCCACUUUGACGAUUACAGUAAUAUUGUUGAGGAAACAGAGCUGCAGUAUGUACGGUAUACUUUACUACCAUAACUUAGUAUGUAUUAUCUGGUCUGUUUUGGGUCUAGACACAUCUGCAACUAUGUAAAAGUGGUCACUGAUCUUCAGUCAAUGGUGAAAGAACAAACUGUCCCUGUAGACACUGAGAACAGAUUAACCCUGUAGCACCCCUAAACAACCCAUUACAAGACUAACACUGUACAACCCAACUGUGACGGUUUCUAAUAAACAGCCAUUUGAUCUUGA